AUGCAUAAGGAUCAAAUAAGAGUUGAUGAUGAGACUUUGUCAUAUAACAUAGUAUCUAAUUAUUCUCCAACUUUAUUAAUUGGAGAGAUUAUUGACUUGAAGACAGAAAACAAUUCGGAAUCUUCUGUAGUAGAAACAGCUCAAGCCGUCUUGCCUGAGGAUUUAGAUUAUAAUCCUUCUGAUGUAUUAAAUAAUUUUUUAGAAGGUGAAAAGCAGGCAGAAUAG